AUGAGAUGUAUUUUUCCUACACUCGACAAACCACUGGAAAGGGCCUUCCGAUGGUACACGCAGCAUCUACUCGUUGAUUACUACAUUUUCUUCAUUGUCGCUCCUAUAAUACUGACCUCUGUUUUGGGAUGCGGAUUCUUAUGGAUCGAAGAACUAACCGUAUUGGAUGCAAGAAGAUUGUACACACCUGUAGGGGCACCUUCUUGGGAAGAGGAGAGGAUUAUGAAUGAGCUAUGGCCGUUGAAACCAAACGAAUUCCUCCCAGAGCGGACGUUCGAAUGGCACAGGUACUUGUACCUUGUCGUCCACGGCAGAUCAACAGAGAACGAUACAUAUCCGAAUCUACUAGAGGGCUCAUAUUUGGACGAGAUUCAAAGACUUGAGGCUGACGUCGCAUCGAACGUGUUCUUCCCGAUGAGAGAUCAGUGGAGAGUGAAUGACACUACUGUUGUCAACGAAAAUGUCACAUUUCAGGAUAUUUGCAUGAACUGGUACGGUGAGUGCUACCGACAAACGAGCAUUAUUACAUUACUGAAGCGUCGCCAUGAACUCGAAGCAAGAGGAAUCGCAGUGAGUUAUCCGCAAGCGAAUCCUGGAGGCACACCGGUUUACCUUGCUUUUAACGUCGGAGGGGUAGAAACAUUUCCAAACGAUACAAUAAAGACAGCUCGUGCAAUGAGGCUGUGGUUUUUCCUCCGCUUUGAUACGCCGACGUUAGAUGAGAUGGCAAAGGAAUGGGAGGAAGCUGCAACAAGGCACGUUCGCGCGAAAUUCGAUGAAAAUCCUUUAAUCAAGUGUCACAUAAAGCAUUCUCGGAUCGUGGAUCAGGGUCUCACAAAGAACGCGAACCGACUGAAGCCGUACUUUGCAGUCACUGUGAUCGUGCUGAUUGCAUUUACAUCGUUCUAUGCCAUGAAAUGGAACAUUCGUAGAAGGAACGGACGAAUCACUGUUGGUGUGGAUUGGUUGCGCUCGAAGCCGAUAUUGGCUCUCGGCGGCGUUCUUUCAUCUGGGCUUGCUAUCUUCAGCGGUAUCGGUCUUCACCUCUGGUGCGGAAUGUUCUUUGCUGAGAUUACUCUCGUGGCUCCAUUCCUAGUACUUUCCAUUGGAGUUGACGACAUGUUUAUUGCUGUUGCGGCAUGGCACAACACUGAGCUGAGGUAUCCUGGUAACUCCCAUGCUGUGUUGAAAAAAAGAAUGGUCGAAGCAAUAAGUGAGGCUUCCGUCGCUAUUUUCAUUACAUCAAUUACUGAUGUGUUGUCGUUUGGUGUCGGAACUUUCACUGAUAUUAUCGCGGUCGAGGGCUUCUGUGCUAUGACGUCUGCAUGCAUGUUUUUCACAUGGCUGUACCAGGUAACUUUUUUUGCCGGCUUAAUGGUUGUCUCUGCGAAGGUGGAACUGGCAGGAAGGAACUCAUGCUUGCCUUGCAUUAAGGCGAAAGAUAUCCAUGCGCAAGAGCUAAAUGACAUGCCGAGAGAAGAUCGUUACCGUAGUCAAGCGACGGAAGAAGAAGUUGCAAAAGAAAAAAUUUGCCUGAGCUUACCUGUGGACAAUGGAAUUUCGUCUCGUCACAAAACCCACUCAGCAGCGAACGAAAACGGAAAAGAGAGAGAAAAGGAGACUGCUGACAUUCGCUCUAAACCUGAACCUGCCCACUUCAAGCUCAAGAACAGGGGUAAAAUGAGCUUAUUUUUCAGGGACUACUACGUGCCUUUCUUGCUUGAUCUCAAAACUAAAGUAGCUGUGUUCAUUAUUUUCGUCAUUUAUUUGGUGGCAACAAAAGGAAACUUCACAAUGGCUUCGAAAAACACUAUCAAACAAAAUGUUGCAAAGCUACUAAUCCGUCUCAUCUCAUCUCAUCAAAGAAAUCAAGUGUUUCUCGCAAGCAAUCGUAUCUGGAGAACUUCUAGUGGAAAAAUGGCAACCGAUCACAAUAAGUCACUCUUUUCCGAAGAAAAAACUCUAGUUCUGCUCACAGUCAUGGAACAAGGCCUGGACAUUGACAAGCUACUCCUGCAAACAGAUCCACUAGUGGAAGCAUUCGCUAGGGAGAUCGAACUGUUUCCAAACGGGGAUCAGGUAGAAAUUGCGAUUCGGAAAGCACCAGACAUGACAUUACCAGAAAAUAGGGAAUUGAUCGAAAUGAUUGCUCAACAGUUCGAACAGAUUUCAUACAGCUACGGCGAUAAAAGUACUUCACUUUGGCUUCGUGAAUACAUCAAAUACGCGAACCUAACUGGGUCCUUCCUAAACGACGACCGAGAGUCCUGGGUAAUAGGAGUCUAUGAAUGGUCCCAAUUGUUCGCUUUCUACAAACUUUGGUCGCAGGAUUUCGUUUGGGCCAACACAUCUGACUACGAUCAGCUCUCACUGGUGUCCUUCCGAUUUCGAAUAGGCCUACAUGAUCUGUCCACACCAACCGAUCUUGUGAUGGUGUCUUCGGAGUUGAGGGAACUAUCUGCCAAAUAUCCGGAUCUCGAAAUCUUCACCUACCAAUACAGUCGCUCUAUUGCGGAUCAGCUGAAUGUAAUUCUCCAGUCCACCAUUCAAAACGACACGCUAGCGGUAAUUUGUAUGGUGGUCAUCAGUCUGAUCUUCAUUCCCAACCCACUCUGUGCUGUCUGGAUUACCAUCGCUAUAGUCACAAUCGACGUCGGAGUUAUCGGUUUCUUGUCACUUUGGAGUGUGAAACUCGAUCCCAUCUUCAUGAUCACCAUAAUUCUCAGCAUUGGAUUCUCAAUAGAGUUUUCAGCCCAUAUCACACAUGGAUUCGUAAGCAACGAAGGAAAUCUCACUCCGAAAGAGAGAUGCAUUGACUCCAUGGAGAAACUGGCAUGGCCAGUGGUUCACGGCAGUAUGUCCACUAUCUUGGGUGUCACAGUCCUCGCGUUCAUCAAUUCAUACAUGGUACUGGUUUUUUUCAAGACAAUUUUCCUCGUUCUAAUCAUAGGUGUGUUCCACGCGCUUGUCCUUCUCCCAAUCGUUUUAGCAACUACAACACCAUACACAGAAAGGCUGAAUGCUCGAAUAAAGCAGAAGUCUGAACUAAAGAAGACUAAAGUUGUUCCUUCAAAUGGUAGCGUUUACGCCAUCACACUGCCCGUCAAUGUUUCCUGA